UUGAGUCAUGUGUGGAUGUUUACGGAUUAUCUCGAAGGAAAGCUGGAGCCGUGACAAAUCCUAAGUAGGGGAAGACAGGUUGACAAGUCGUAAAAGCGCGGAAUCGGAAUAAGGUCCGCCCACCCAUCAGUUUUGUUGCUAAGAUUCUGUGUUGGUUUCUGACUCAGAGGGUGGGGCAACGUGCAGCCGAUUGUUCAGAAGAAGCCUGCCUUGUGGGACCCAGAGUGCGCUCCUGGGUGGUCUCAGGAGGGGGCAAAGUACUGCAAGCCUGGUGGAGCCUUUUCCCUCUUGGGGACCACUUCUGCAAGCCAAGGCUGAGCUCGCCCCUCCUUUCCCUUCCUUCCUUCCUUCCUUCCUUCCUUCCUUCCUUCCUUCCUUCCUUCCUUCCUUCCUCCACCCUCCCCUCUCUUCCCUCCCUUCCCCCUCCCCUCCCUCUCCUCUCUGCCCCUCUCCUCUUCAACACUGACUCUUCAGGCCUUCAAAGAUGGUAACUGCAGAUUAAGGGGAUACCAAGGGCUAAUCUGAUAAUUUAUCAAAUAUUCAUUAUAGAUGUCCUUACAAAUUGAUUCCCAGGCUGCAAGGAUGGCUCAGUGGGUAAGACUUGGCAUCCAUUGCAACCUGAGUCCCAUCCUUGGAAUUGGUUUAAUUUUUUGUUUUUAAGCCUGGAGUAAUGGCACACACCUUUAAUCCCAGCACUGAGGAGGCAGAGGCAGGCGGAUCUCUGUGAAUUUGAGGCCAGCCUGGUCUACAGAGUGAGUUCCAAGAUAGUCAGGUUGCUGUAGAAAGACCCUGUUUCAAUAAACUAAUUAAGUGUAAUAAAAAUGAAAACAAAAAAAAUCUAUUUCCUCAAAUGUAUUCUAAAUGUAACUCAGUUAAACAGGUGGGCCCAGACUCCGCAUCUCCAUGUCUGAAGUCAGACGCUCUUCAGAUCUCCAACUCCUUUCGGUUUUGCUGACAGCAACACUCUUCUGUCUCAGGGGCUGGUUCCACUCUGUGAGCCGCUCUCCUCCGCAGCUAUCCCACAACUCCGGCAUCUCCAGCAUUUUGUCAAGAUGUUCUCUCUUCUAUAGGGUGAAGCAGGUGGAGACACAAUCUGCCUUUCCCCCUAAUAAGAUGGGAGCCAAUUGUCUUCUGUUGGCGAGCCCAGGCAAAAUUCCGCCAUGUCGACGGCAAGUGGGAGGCAGAGCCUUAUCUCCGGGUCAAGAAGCGAGAGCCAGCAGAAAAAGCAAAGCUCAAGGUGGAAGGAUAAAGGAAGGGAGUGAACUCCAAGACAAAACAGCCCAUGAAAAUGCCAGGGAUGGAGGCCAGAGACGUGGUCCCACCUUGCCCUGUCAAUAUCCGUCUGGACCACUUAAAAGUGGUUGCUUCUAUUUCUCCUUCAUGGUUUCCCAUUCAUUCUCCUGUGUUGGGGAGAAGAGGAAAGCGAAGCCUGUGGGGCUGAGCAGGAAGCCUGACCGCACCGUGGGGAUGCUGUACUCCUUCCGGAUGCUCAGCCCAUGGAGUCUGUCAGAUUUGAAGCUGGGGUUGGGGAGCCAGCUGUACCACAGGGACCCCCUGCUCAGCUGAACAUCUGAUUAAAUAUAGGGAACUAUGAUGUUUCCUUUCAGCCUACAGAGGCUGGCACAAGCUGUUCUUUGAUGUGAAAUUAAAUCUAUUCAAAUUGGCAGGCUCUCCGCGAGAAGGGUCAUGCUGUCUUUCUGUCUGCCUGCUCUAUAAGCCUAGUAUCCCACGGUUUCCCCAGCCUGUCCGCUCAUUUUCUUUUCACAUCCACAUUUAAUAGCCCGAAUCCUGGUUCUGUAUGCUGGAGGUCACCAGUGCCCUCUGGGUGAUUCAAAAGAUGCCCUGGACACAGCUUGUCAGUUGCCUCCUCCCUCCCAGCCAUGGUUUCUUCUUCUCUAGCUGUUUCCUCCCUCUUCCUAGCCUUUGCCCUUGCUCCAGUCUAAGCACAUACACAGUCCUGGCUAUUCCCUGCUCAUCUCCAGUGAGCAUUUAAAAUUUAACAACAGCCUGGCUAGGGACUGAACACUAAAACAACCAUCCACUGUCAUAUAUCACCCUCUGCUUCUCACGCUUUGGGAGGUAAAGAGCUGCGUUAUUAAGGCAAUGGGCAGGAGCUAGGGGAUUGCUGUCAGGGCUGGAAAUGAACUCUAGUCCUGUAGAAGAGCUCUCCACUCUUAACUGAGGAGCCAUCUCUCCAGCCCUUGCAGCAUCUUUCCAAACAGCAUGUUCUCUCCUAGUGGAAGGUCGUAGGCAGUGUCUUGGCAACAGUAGAGGAUGAAUAGCCAAUGGCUGGCUCUGUCACUGGGCCUUCAUGACAAAUUUGCUGAAGAAAUGGGUCCGUUCAUUGACCCAGCAAGUGUUUAAAAAGUCUACAGUGAGCCGGGCGGUGGUGGCGCACGCCUUUAAUCCCAGCACUUGGGAGGCAGAGGUAGGCGGAUCUCUGUGAGUUCGAGACCAGCCUGGUCUACAAGAGCUAGUUCCAGGACAGGCUCCAAAACCACAAAGAAACCCUGUCUCGAAAAACCAAAAA